GGUGCUCCAGAAGGACAACCGCCUCGUGACAUGUCUAGUAAGCGAAUGCAACAGACUCAAGCACAGGUUGAUGAGGUUGUUGAUAUCAUGAGGGUAAAUGUUGAUAAAGUCUUGGAAAGAGAUCAGAAAAUAUCAGAGUUAGAUGACAGAGCAGAUGCAUUACAAGCUGGUGCUUCUCAGUUUGAGGCUAGUGCUGGUAAACUCAAACGAAAAUAUUGGUGGAAAAAUUGUAAGAUGAUGAUUAUUUUGGGAUCAAUAGUGGCUGUAAUUAUAAUUAUUAUAAUUGGUGAGUUUCCAGUCAUUGUGCUCUAUAAUUUCAGUGUAUUAUGUAGAGAUUGA